AUGUCCUCCUCCACUUCCUCUUCUUCAGUUGCUAGCACUGCUGCUACAAAUGUCGUUUUUGAGAUUGGAAAAUACAAGGUGGUGCUCCAAAGAGCUGAACCAGAGACUACAUGCAGCACCAAGUCCUCAAAUAUUCCAGUUCCACCUCCAAAGCCUCUUCUGAUUGGCAUGCCUUGUGAAGCUGGAGAAUUCCCUCUCUUGCUGCUCCUCCAUGGUUACCUUCUCUCCAACUCUUUCUACUCUCAGCUUAUCCAACACAUCGCUUCUCAUGGCUUCAUUGUCAGGCUUGUGCUGUCUUGUUGGGCACCAACCAAGUUUUCAAGUAACAAAAGCAAAAUAUUCCUUAUCAGAUAUGCCUGGGGUCUAAAUACUGACCCUUCUUGUUUUUUGCCAUUAUAUACAAUAGCUGGACCAGAUUCAACAGGUGAGAUCAAGUCUACAGCGGCAAUAACAAAUUGGUUAUCUGAAGGACUUCAGUUCUUGCUUCCACCCCAUGUUCAGGCAAAUCUAAGCAAGCUAGCACUUGCCGGCCACAGCCGUGGAGGCAAAGUCUCUUUUGCACUAGCAUUAGGGAAAGAAGGAAACACUAAUCGAAAGUUUUCAGCCUUAAUAGGCAUUGACCCAGUUGAUGGAAUGGACAAAGGGAAACAAACCCCUCCGCCAGUACUAACCUAUGUUCCUCAUUCAUUUGAUCUUGAUAUGGCAGUGAUGGUGAUUGGUUCUGGUUUGGGUGAGGUGAAAAGGAACCCUCUGUUCCCUCCUUGUGCUCCAAAAGGUGUUAACCAUGAGGACUUCUUCAACGAAUGCCAAAAACCAGCAUGUUAUUUUGUGGCAAAGGAUUAUGGUCAUCUUGAUAUGCUGGAUGAUGAAACCAAGGGGAUCAGAGGGAAAUCUACAUACUGUGUGUGCAAAAAUGGGAAGUCAAGGGAACCCAUGAGGAAGUUUGUUGGAGGGGUUGUGGUUGCAUUCCUUCAAGCUUAUUUAGAAGGUGAUAGUAGCCACUUAAUGGCUAUAAGAGAUGGGCUUGAUGAGACUGUGCCAGUAGAGCUUCAAAUUGUUAAAUUUAAUUUGUGA